GAUGCUGCACAUGGUUUCUCUGUGAGGAGGUUUAGCUUUCUCAGGCUCUUGAUGAGAAAGGGAGGAUGCCAGAGAGCUGCAAGCAGGCGCACAACACUGAGCAAAACAUCAGAAAUGACAGACUUUCAACAACUGAAAUAAUUUAGAAAUCAAUUUUAUUUUGUUAUUUUGUUGGGUUUUUUUUAGUUGCAAAGGUGCUUUCCCUCCUUAUUCUCUAACUACAUUGGAUGUGGGUGAAUCUGUUUCUGCUUGCUUUUCAUCAUCUUUUUUUGGAAAUAAGAUAUUUUACAUACCCUUUUUUUUCUUUGGAAAGUUGGAACACGAAUGAGCUUCUUCAUUUAUUGUCAUCACAUCAACAAGCCAGGAUUCAGCAAACUGGACCAACAUCUCCCUAAAGGACUCUGAAGUUAGAAAUCAUGAAAGAUAACUACGGCGGAUACGAGAACCAGCUUUUCAAAGAUGAGGACUUUACUGGAGAAGAGGAGGAGAUCCCCUCAUUCAGGAGUCGUAGUCGAGGCGGCUGUGUGCGAUGCCAGCAGGGUCAUUCUCUCCAGCUGGCUGUGAAAGUCCUCUAUGGAUUCGUAGCUUUCCUCAUCAUUACUGUUGCAGUGCUCGCAUCACUUGUGUUCAAAAAGGUGGACAACUUCUCUCAAGAGGAAUCAGUGUACCAAAAGAAGAUCGCCAAGGUUCAACAAGGAAUUGAGGAUCUGAAGUCCACAUCUAAUUGUUCGGGCUGUCUAGAUGUGGCUUUUUACAAUGAGGAGAUCAGCAGAUUGAAAAGAGAGUUUGAAGGCAUCCAGAAAAUGAUACUGGAACAAGAACAGGUCCUGAACGAUGUCUCGCUAAGUCAGGCCACCGUAAAGACUACCAGCAACCGGCUGACGCAGGAAGUCCAAACCCACCUCAUAUCAAUCAGAGUUCUCAACCAGUCCCUGGAAAGAUACGUGGAUCAGGUGAAGGGCUGGAACGAGGUGAUCGAGGAGUCGGAGGAGAAGAUGAAAACAUUGACCGAGGAUCAGUACGACAUCAAAGCCACAGCACAGCAAAUCAAUACAACUGUGGUGCUCAGCACCAUGUGGAUCGAUACCCUGCAGAAAAAGUCUGACGAGGAGAGCGUGGUCCUCCAGAAGCUGAGCAACGACUGGCAGAACUACACCCGAGUCCUGAGCGCCAUCAAAUCCAACACCAGCAGCACAUCGCAGACAAUGCGCGUCCUUCAGAACAGCAUCAUGAUAGAUCAGCAAAGAAUUGCCAUGUCCAAUGAGAUAUUCUACGAUCUCACACAGCAGGUGAUGAACCUUCAGAUGCAGCUUGACAAUGUGACUUCUUUCAUGGAUGAACAUGAAGAAAACAUGCAUGAUCUUCAGUAUCAUUCCAGGUAUUACGAGAAUCGGACAGGUGAGCGUUUCUCUGCUCUGGACGGCCGCUUUAACUCCAUCGAGAUGGAGAUUGACACCAUCUCCUCGAGUAUCAACGCCACCGUCAGCCACGUCCAGAGCAUGUACAAGUACAUCGACAUUGAGAGCUCAUCCUGUAAGAGGCGCAUGGGCAGACACAGUGAAGAUCUACAGAACAUGAACAGUACAGUCUUGCUGCUCCUCCACUUAGCUGAAGAACUGAGGCAGCAGAACAUGCUGCUGAAUGUUCGACUGGAUAUCGACGUGAGGAACUUGUCCAUGGUGAUGGAGGAGAUGAAGCUAGUGGAUGUUUUCCACACCCAGCUCAUAAAGAACUUUACUAUACUAAAAGGUGCCCCUGGACUUCCUGGGCCCAAAGGGAACCGGGGUGAGACUGGCCCGAAAGGUCCCUUGGGACUCACUGGCAGCAAAGGUGACAGAGGCCCCAUUGGAGGCCGCGGAUCUGCUGGGGAGAAGGGCUCAUUUGGUCCCAAAGGAGCACUGGGUGAAACGGGCCCUGGUGGCACCAGAGGAGCGUCAGGGAUCAAAGGAGCCAAAGGGUUAAUUGGGACACCAGGUGGAAAAGGUGUAAGAGGCCAGAAAGGGGACGUAGGGCCUUCCGGUAAAGAUGGUGGCCCAGGACCCACGGGGCCUCCAGGAAUCCAGGGCCAGGCAGGACUACCGGGGAUAAUUGGGGCCCCAGGACCAAGGGGAAAGCCAGGGCCAGCAGGGCCACCCGGAGCUCCGGGUAUGCCCGGACCUCCUGGCUUGCAGCACAUUUAUGACCAUAGUAACGUUCCUCAGCAGCGAACUGUGACACCCGCUGCUGGGUCCAAGAGACAGUAGAGACAGUUGUUGGAAGAAGACAGAGGAUCAUUAACAAUGUCAACUGAAAGGUUCAUUGUGACUGGAGACACAGUAAUUCAUGGGAUCAUGCAAGGCAGUCGAGAAGUUUAAAAAAAAAAUUGUGACGAAUCAAAUUUGAUGUAUGAUUUUCAAGGAGACCUUAUCCACAUUAAAUUGAAUGAAAUGGAAGAAAGAAAAAAAAGAGGACAGAACUGCACCCACAGCCUGAAUGAAAGUGCUGCUGAGAUGAAAAUGAAGUGUGUUUGGAUAGAUUUUUAAAAAUGUACAUGGUGGGAUGAAAAUGAUUGACUAGUUAGAGCUUAGUGAGAUUAACCAUCCAUCCAUCCUUCCAUCCGUCUAUCAACUUCCAAUUCAACCAAUCAACUGUUUGGGUUUGGGGGAGCAGAGAGGCCCAGACAAUCCUCUCCCUGGCCACCUCCCCUAGUACUUCAGGGAGAAUACUAAGGCAUUCCCAAGUCAGCCCAGAGAUGUAAUCUCUCCAGUACGUCCUGGUUUUGGCCCACUCUCAGUCUGACAUGGCCAAAUCGCCUCCCUAGGGAGGUGUUCAGGGGGAAGCUGGCUUCUCUAGACGUGGAAGAGCAACAACUCUGUUCUAAGUCCCUCCCAGGUGGCAGAACUUCUCCCCCUGAGAGAAAGGUGACUUCUAUGGAGGAAAUGCACCUCAGCCGCUUGUAUUCACAAAGUCCUUUUUUAUGUCACAAACCCACAAUUCGCAACCACAGGUGAGAACAUAGAUAGUUUGGUAAACAGAAAGGCUUGCCUUUCGGCUCAGCUCGCUUUUCAUCACAACAGACUGCUAAAGAGUCUGCAUUAUCGAAGAUGUCGCAUUGAUCCGCAUUGAUGUCCCGCUCCUGUUAAGGCUAAAGGAUAAACAUGGACCCAAAUGCUGAACUUGACACAGUGGAAACAAUUUAUUGAGUCCACAAAACAAGAGCAGGUAGGACAAAGCUUAAUACGGAGGUCGGUAAUAGUUCCUGUAGGUGGACGGCGGCACACCAGGCAUCAGAAAGUCCAUAAAUUAUGAAUAGGAUCAGUGACAAUGAGAUUAACAUGACUAAGACUCAUCCCUUACUGAAGGUGCCUGUGACUGCCCUUGAUGUGAAGAAAGUCUUUGAGGGGUUUGUUAAGCCACCAAAACCUCUCAGUGUACAAUGAAUGGGAAAGUAGUUACACAUGACGACGUGAGUAGCUGGUUGUAUUUUACAUCCAAACUACUCAAUAUUUACAAUCCCAUGGCACCACUCAAUGGACCCUGAGAAACACCCACUUGUAUUUCCAUUGUGAUACUUAAAUACAUCCACAUCCAGUUUAUGGCACUUUAAUGCUUCUUAAAGUGUGAAAAGUUAGUGUUCAGAGCAGGUACUCUGCUGAUGUUUUUCAUCUACUCGGUCUGUGUUUGAAUUCAUUUUUGUUAUAAAUGCUUUUAUGUUUUGUUUUUUGUACAUGUUAUACACUGUUUUAUUACUGCAGUUGGUAAAUAAAGUAAACCUGAAAGUAAAAACUCUUUCCACAAGUGAACAUAUAAUGAGCUUUCACUGACUGUCUUUGUCUGGGAAGAGAAGACUUAAGUUUGUGAUUUAAAAUGAACCAUAACAAAUACAAUUUGUUGGCCUCAAUAGGUCUUUACCUAGCCCUCACUUACCUGCUAAAAUGCUUUGUCAAAAAUGCAGGAAAUAUGUUAACUAUUUCAAAAGAUAAUCUUAGUUUAUCUCAUAUUUUUAACCACACUACCUUCUGUUACUUUAGUACUGUGCUUGCCAGAUCAAUGAAAAUGUGAAAAGGCCACGCUAUAUGGUUAACAGCAUCAACAAGCUGGAAGCCAACAAUUUCAUUCAAUUUGUUCCAAAGGCAAUUCAGUUUGACAGCAAUAACAGUGCACAUGCCUCAGAGACAGCAGCAACACUCAACAAUACAACAAUACAACAAUAACACUGUCAGAGAAAACCUGCAGCGGUCCUCUUUCCAGCUUUCAUUGAUAACAGAAACAGCACAAAUCGGUUCCUAAAACUCACAUUUAUGUUCCUGCCACCUCUUUCUUUACUUACUCUAACAUUUGAUAUCUUUGCCACCUUGAACUAACAGGAGUGGACCUGCCAGGAUUGUCCAGCCUCCCUAUCUUUACUAAUGGGUAGUUCAAUGUUAUAAUUUAGAAAAUAAUUCAAAAAAGGUGCACUAGAUAGGAAUGAAGCAGAAUACAGUGUCUGACUGCGCCACCAGUUGCUAUGAAGAGAGGACUAAAGGCAUGGUUGAAAAGGGAGUUGGUAUACUGUAAAGCUUUGUUUGUUACAUCAAAACAUGUUUUUAAGACCUCAGGAAAUAUAGUCAACUUUUGAAAAAAAGAGCAUCAUAUGUUUCCAUUAAGAUGGACAUAUUUUGCUUCAUUUUAUCCAUCUAAUCUAAUCAUCUUUGGUACUUCCAGAGUAUCUCUGGACCUGGCAUAACUCCAAAAGCCUAUAUUAUUUUCCAAAUGAUGAAGACCAGUAUCUUCCUGAAAACAAGGCUCCAUAGAUUUGGCUCAAGUGUUUUCUGUUUGGUCAAAUUCCUGGAGACUUACCAAUUGCCAGAGCUAAUGGCUCAAAACUGCUGCCGCUGGAUGGAAACAUAAGCUUUAACAUAUGAACAUGCUAUCAACAUUUCCUUUGACACAUAAAUCCUUCCAUAAAGGUUAAACUCAGGAUCAGCUUAAAGUUCACAGUGCAAAAAAAACGCGAUAGCAGAGGUCACAACAGGAUGACUAUACAGUAUAUGUUUAAUUGUGGAAUGUGGUAAAAUGUACGGUGGCCCUGAAGUGCAAAUCACAACGACAUAACACAAUGACUGAUCAAAAAACGUUCUUGUGUCGUUGUGAUUUGCACUUUAGCGCCACUAUAAAAAUGUCUUAAAUGCAGAACAGCUGCAGAUAUCUGAGGUUGUGUCAUUUCAUUUUUAAAAACAGAAAAAAUAAGUAAAUUUCACAUAAUAUACAAUCUAGCAGGUAAUACAACUGAAUAAAAAACUUGUAGUCAAAUAAAAACAUACCUGUCAUGGCAGAGAGACUUUCAACAGGGUUUUUAUCUUAUGGUAUGCAAAUACUCAUAUAUACAGCAUAUCUCUAGAUAAAAAUUGACAAAAGGGGAAUUUUCCUAAAUUUGGUUGUUGUAAUAAAAUGUGACUGGCUUGCUCUGAACUUCCAUAAACCCCCCCUCAUACUCUGUCUAGUGAGUAUCUUAUUACACCUCGAUUGUGCCUUUGGUAUAAAUAUGAGCAGUGACUUUGUCCUUAAUUCAAAACACAUGUUUCCCUCCCAUUAGGUUCUACUCUUUACAUGUAUUGUAAGAUGCUGUCAAUAUUUUACAUUGUGUUUUUGGUCGGUCAAUAAUAAAAAGUCUUUGCUAACAGCAUAUUACCUAGUUUAUGGUACAGCAAAGCAAACCCU